AAAAAAAGAAUUAUUUUGUUCUUACCUCUCUCUCAGAUCUAUGACAUCAACUUUAAUUCCCUUAGCUGACCCUGACCUAGUGAUAUUGGUCACAAACUCGAACGUUAAACACGAACUAACCGGAAGUGAAUAUUCAACAAGGAAACAGCAAUGUCAGCAGGCCGCCCUUCUACUUAAAAAGCUCAGUUUAAGGGACGCCACCCUCGCCGAUAUCGACUAUCUGAAGUCGAUAGGAACAGAUGAAGAAAUUGUGAAGCGAAUUCGUCACGUCGUCACGGAGAUCGAAAGAACCGUUCAGGCCGCAGAAGCCCUCAAAGAGAAAGAUUUCGUAAAAUUCGGAAAAUUAAUGGUACAAAGUCACAACUCUUUGAGGGACGAUUACGAAGUGUCUUGUCCCGAAUUGGAUACUUUGGUUGAAUUGGCACUACAAGUGGAUGGAGUUUUGGGAAGCAGGAUGACCGGGGGUGGUUUUGGGGGCUGUACAGUUACAUUGGCUUACAAAAACGCUGUUGAUGAAGUUAUCCGUAAUAUUACAAAAAAAUUUAAAGGAAAACCAACAUUCUAUAUUUGUACUCCUAGAGAUGGUGCCAAAAUCCUCAGCUUGUAAAAAAAGGACAAAAUUGUAGAAAUAUUGAUGACAAUAUCGGGUAGGAACCUAUUUUCCAAUACAAUAGCUAAUACGUUUUGUACAUAAAUUAAAUAAACAUUAAAUAAAUCAAGUAAAUGUAAUAAAUAAAACAAUCGACUCUG